UUUUUUUUUUUUUUUUUUGAUAAUCGAGUAUCCUGGUUCCACCGUAGUGGUCCAGACUAGAGAUCGAAGCGAGCAAGAACGUUGCCAGAACAUCACCAUGUGGUUUACCGUUAACGGUCUUCGUAUGUAUAACUUUUUGGAUUCUUAAAUAUUUUAUUCAUUACUAAAUUUAGUAACUCACCAACCAAGCCAAUCCAACAAAUCAAUACAUGACAACUUUUGAAACUUCCUUCCUCACUGAGUCAUGAAUAACACUACUUACAUAGCUAAUUUUACCACAUGAAUCUGCAUUUUUGUAAAAAAAAGGUGCGAACACAAAUAUAAUCAUGGAGUAGACGUAUAGUAUUUGAUAAAUAAAUAAUCAAAAUAAAUCUCGAAUAUUUUUUAAAAAAAUUGACGAGUUAUUAUCUUUAUCUGUCAACAUUAAUGUUCUGUAUACUUGAAAGUUUGUUAAAGUAAUUCGCUAGGAGCCUAUAUUUAACAGAAACAUGUCUUUUUCUUAAGCUGGCCAUAUCCAAAUAUACUGACUUAAUUUUUGAAAUAUUAGUAAUUUAAUUUAGUCAAAAAAUAUUACAACUUUAAUACAAACAAAUGGAAAAUUUUAAAAUAAAUGUAAUAAAGCGGGAAGAGGUAAAACGGCAGAACAAGCAUGGUGAGAGCCAUAUAGGUUCGCUGAUUUGUCAUUAUGUUAAAUACUUUCUCCUCUCUUCAACUAAUCUUCACAACGUAAUCUAAAUCCUAAACAAGAAACAAAUAAAGCUUUCAAACUUCAACCAAAUGGCUCCAACACUCUCUACCUUUCAAUUCGCAGACCCAGCUGAAGUAACCGAGUUCGUAGUCAACAAAGGAAACGGCGUGAAGGGUUUAUCAGAAACAGGGAUCAAAGCUCUUCCCGACCAAUACAUUCAACCAUUCGAAGAACGUCUCAUCAACAAAUACGUCAACGAAACAGACGAGGCCAUUCCCGUCAUCGACAUGUCCAACCCCGAAGAGGAGAAAGUCGCUGAAGCUGUAUGUGAUGCUGCUGAGAGAUGGGGUUUCUUUCAAGUGAUCAACCAUGGAGUUCCUCUUGAAGUUCUUGACAACGUGAAGGCUGCAACUCAUAGGUUCUUUAAUCUCCCUGUUGAGGAGAAGAGUAGGUUCACAAGGGAGAACUCAUUGUCGACGAAUGUAAGGUUUGGAACGAGUUUUAGUCCUCGUGCAGAGAAAGCUCUUGAGUGGAAAGAUUAUCUCAGUCUCUUCUUUGUCUCUGAAACUGAAGCUGAAAAGUACUGGCCUGAUGCUUGCAAGAACGAAGCUCUAGAGUACAUGAACAAGUCCAAGACAAUGGUGCAGAAGCUUUUAGAGUAUUUAGGGAAGAAUCUCAACGUGAAAGAUCUAGACGAGACCAAAGAAUCACUCUUCAUGGGUUCAAUUCGAAUCAACCUCAACUACUAUCCCAUCUGUCCUAAUCCCGACCUAACCGUUGGUGUUGGUCGUCACUCAGACGUCUCUUCCCUCACCAUUCUCUUACAAGACCAGAUCGGUGGUCUCCACGUGCGUUCUCUAUCCUCAGGGAACUGGGUUCACGUGCCACCGGUUCCUGGAUCUUUCGUGAUCAACAUCGGAGACGCCAUGCAGAUCUUGAGCAAUGGUCGUUACAAGAGCGUGGAGCAUCGUGUCUUAGCCAACGGUAGCAACAACAGAAUAUCGGUUCCUAUUUUCGUGAAUCCAAAACCAGAGUCCGUGAUUGGUCCUCUUCCUGAGGUGAUCGCAAAUGGAGAGGAACCGGUUUAUAGAGACGUUGUGUACUCUGAUUACGUCAGAUACUUCUUCAAGAAGGCACACGACGGAAAAAAAACCAUCGAUUUCGCCAAGAUAUGAUCACAAUGAGACCUAAAAGGAGUUUGAUGUCUUGUUUUGUUUCCUAUUUGUGUUUGUGUAAGCGAAUAAAGAAGAAAGAAGACAGACAUAUGAUGUCUUCUUGAAACUUUGUUCAGUAUUGUUUUGUAUAACGUGUCACAGAAGCAAGAAGUAACCUUUAUAAUUAGUGGUUACAAAGACAGAUGAGAUUGACUUCAAUGUUCAGACCACAA